CCGAAAAUAUGGAGCUUCACUUCCGACGAGAAUAGCAAGCGGCAAGCAUAGAAGUCGGGAGAAUGACAGCCAUUACAAUCUCGCCGGCUGCACAAGGAAUUAUUCAAGUUGUAAGUGAAAGUAACUUGUGUAAAAUCGAAGGCUUCCUCAAUGACACCGCGUACAGGGAAGCCAUUGAAAACUCGUCGAACUAUAACAGCCGACUCUGCAGGGAACGACGCUUACGUAUGCCUUUCCUUGAUUCGCAAACAGGUAGCGUGGCACAGAAUCAUUCCGCAUUGUUUAUGUCUCCGAGAGAAAGGCUACCGGGUUUAUUACACGGACAGAUAUAUACAUAUCCUAGUAAAAGAUGGAGAAAAAAGCGGCGACAAUAUUUGAUGCAUUAUUUGCAUCCAAAAAGAGGACCAAGAGGUGACACUGAAGAUGGUAAUGAAGGUAUAGAGACUGUAACGCAUGUAAAUGAUGAUAGCAAAGAUUCAGUGGCCCUUAAAGAUGAACAUAGUAAAGAUGCAUGGUACUAUGAUGAGCAAGACAUGUUAGAUAUGGACACAUAUGAGGAACCUGAUGCUGAGAGCGAUUAUGAUUAUGAGGAGAGUUAUAGCAGUAAAAGGAAACGAAGAAAACCACGUGGAGGUGGUCACCACCCUGCACGAAAUCAUCCGUCUUCUUCAGACAGUCCUGGGGGCAAACGUACUAAGGGUGGGGGACGCGGGCGCAAAAAAACCAACUAUGAUGCUGUUGACACCGAUAAGCCAUUCGUUUGUGACCUAUGCAGCGCACGGUAUAAAACCAGACCUGGUCUGGUCUACCAUUACGGUCAUUCCCACUCUACUUCCUCCGGUGAUCCUGCUAAGGAACUAAGUCCCAGUCCUGCCGAAGUUGAACCUAGGAGCGUUGCAGACACCGCUGCUUCGAACCAGCCAGGUGGUACACGUCGGGGUCGUCAGAAUGCAACUUCGUCAAGCACUUCGAGUCCCUCUCCCGCAGCGCCUUCCGCGUCCGCUGCGGGAGCUUCGACGCAGCCACAGCCGCAGUCUCAGCCAACGCAACCUCAGCCGCAACAGACGCAGCAGCAGCAGCAGCAGCAGCAGCAACAGCAACAGCAACAGCAGCAGCAACAGCAGCAACAACAACAACAACAACAACCGUCUCAGCAGCAGCAACCGUCUCAGCAGCAACAGCCGUCUCAGCAGCAGCAGCAAUUGCCCGCGGUGCCAGCAACGGUAGCACCAGCUUCGCCAACGAUACCCGCUGCAAAGGAGGAGCAUCUGCCAGCAGUGCCGUCACCAGGCACGGCUGUGCCAUCGCCUUCCUCUGUGAGGACCGAGGGUCCGCCAACGCCAGGGACGAACGAAAAAAAAGCUGGCAAGUCCGCGCAACCAUCACCGUACUGCGACUUCUGUCUGGGUGAUGCUAGGGAAAAUAAAAAGACCGGCGGUUCCGAGGAGUUGGUCUCUUGCAGUGAUUGCGGUCGCUCAGGGCAUCCGACUUGUUUGCAAUUCACAGCGAACAUGAUCGUUUCUGUUCGCAAGUACAGGUGGCAGUGUAUCGAAUGCAAAUGCUGUUCCAUUUGUGGCACCUCUGACAACGAUGAUCAGCUGCUGUUCUGUGACGACUGUGAUCGUGGAUACCACAUGUAUUGUCUAUCUCCACCUCUUGCGUCUCCUCCCGAAGGCUCCUGGUCUUGCCGUCUGUGCAUAGCAGAGUUUCAUCGCCGUGAUUAAAAAAAAAAAAUCCUUUGUCUCGUAGAUAAGUGAUGGAUUUUACCUAUUUGCUGUGGUGCAGUGGCCGUUCUCGAAUUAGGAGAGUAUUCUAUAAGUUCACAUUUCCUUGUAGUAUUAUGAUAAACGCAAAUGUACUAUCGGAUGGACUACUCCGUUAUAAGGAGGUCUAUUAACAAUGUUGGCAGCAUUAAUAAUUUCUUUUCCUUAUUCGUCUUUUCGAUUUAAGUUUUUACUGAUUAAGAUGAAAUGUUGCGAAAUAUUCAUGUACGAAUUGUGAAUAUUUGCUAUGUUAGAUUAUCUCAGGCACUGGUGAUCUCAGAAAAUUAAUGGUAUCGUAAUGACGUAUUUAUAACGAGCUAGCGUUUAUCAGUAAAUAAUAAGGUUAAAGGAAUGUCUGAUGUUUUUGUCAUUAAAGUUUAUGGAAUUAAUGAAAUAACUUUAGUAGUCAAGGACUCGUUAGAUUAUCAACGCAGUCGUGUUUUGUAUUAAAAUGGUGAGAUGUAGUCUUUAUUGAUUUUUAGAGAGAGAGAGAGAGAGAAAGGUUGUGUUUAACAAUAUUGUAGAAGUUAGUUCGAGAAUUGCAAACACUGAUAAAUACUCUCCUAGUUCUUUGGGCCAGUUAUUUUUAGCCAUUGACAUUCGAAGUUCGGUUGCUUUUAGUAUUUCAAAAACUGCUUACAUUUUAAACGAUUUUUCGGAGAUCUCAAAUUUUCAUAAUCUCUUUAGCUCCUUGCUAUUAACUUGGUCUAAUCCAAGAUAAAUGAAGGAAGCAAAAGUAACGAAAAAAAGUUGAUAUUCUAGGAAGAAUAUGAUAUUAAUAGCAUCUGUUUUAUAAAUAGUGAUAAAUAGAACACUAUCUGUUCAUCUAUACGUAUCACAAUACUAAAGCUUUUACACUUAAUGACAGAGCCAUUAGUAGCAAUUAGCAAUAUAGCUACGACAUACAAACUACGCAGUACAGCAGAAAAUUAUAUUCUAUAUGCCCUUUAUUAUUAGCUCAGUAUUUUUAUAUUUUAUAUAUUGAAUGUACUUAAUUUAAGAUACUGUGGUGAUAUUUGGUACUCACUGUGUAAUUCUUAUAUAAUUCUUUUUCUUUUUUUCUUUUUUUUUAAAGUAAUUUUAAGGUCGCUUAACGACAUGGAAUUGUGUGUAUUAGGUGUCAUGAAAAUAAGUCUUAUAGAGAUUUUUGAGUUUGAUCCAUUUAAUUAAUGGUAAAUUUACAUUUUAUAUUGCUUAUUUUUAACACACUGUAUGCAAAUUUGAAUAAACAUCAGUAUACAACUGAACCACUAACUUUAGACAGUCUUAUUGUGUGCCAUGAAUAUUUUUUGAGUGCAGGAACAUGAUACAUAACAAUAGAACUUCUUUGGGUGCUAUAUUUCAGGGAUUAGUUCCCAUUCUAGGAUAACUUUAUAAGAUUGAAAGUCAUGUCUUUGACCAAGGAAAAUUAUAUUCUAUAAUUAUAAUAAAUACAAUAUAUACAAAUAUAUAUAUAUAUAUAUAUAUAUAUAUAUAUAUAUACAUAUAUAUAUAUAUAUUUGGGAAAAUGUAAUGUUAAGGUAUUCAUAAGUAACAAACAAUACUCAAAACAAAUAUAAGUUUUUUUAUAAAAACAGGAUUUAUAUAAAUCUAUGAUUAUGUUUUCUCAUUUCCCACAAGCAAGCAAAUAUUCUGAUGAAGUAUUAAACAGAGAUACUCUGGUUCCCACGUUUUAUUACAUGAGUAUUAAUCAAUUUCUACUAAAAUGUCUGAAAGAGGUUUUCGCUGAAGGUCAGGUACUGUAGCAUCUUUUGCUGGGUAACCAACUGGCAGUAGUACAAGAAGCUUCUCAUUAAGAGGACGUCCAAGUAAGGUACGGAUAGCAGGUCCACAAUUUAAAGGAGUAGAAGUCAGAGUUACCAAACCUGCAUACUAGUUUUAAAAUUCAUAUAUUAUUCAUUCAUAUUAUUCAUAGAUAUACAAUAUAAGAGAUCAUAGUAUUAUAUUACCUGUAUAGCAGUGAUGAGGAUACCACAAGCAAUACAUGUGCUCAUUUCAUUAUAAUAAUGAAUUUUCUUUUUUCCCUUUGGUAAAAUUCCAUAAAUUUGUUUAAACACAAGUAUUAAAUAAGGAGCAGUAGUCAGGUAUUCUUUGAUCCAAUUUGUCCUUAAUGGAAGUAAGUCGGUUGUCCAUUUUACUCCCAUUCUUUUUUUAUAAUUUAUUUCUUCUUCACUUUCAACGAUACGACGUAUUUGUUCUUUUACCUUUUGAUUUGAUACCACUACGAAUGUCCAUGGUUCUGUGUGUGCACCACUAGGCGUAGUGCCUAAAACCGACUCAUUGUCAGAUGUAUAAAAGAUUUUGUGAAUGUAACUACAUGAUAUUGUACCUGCAGCUUUUAUUAUCUCAUGUAUGACUUCUUUUGGUACAGGGUCAGGACUGAAAAAUCGUAUAGUUCUCCUAGCAGCUACUAUUUUGUAAAACUUAGAAGCACGACAAAACAUUUCUUCUUCAGAGGCUCUUUUAUAUACAUAAGGGAUAUGUUUUAAAUUUAUUGGUAGUACAGGUUCUUCACUAUUUUCUAGUGUUUCCUGAUUAAUGCCUAGAAUUUUACAAUUUUUUUAUUUUCUAAAGAUUAUAUGUUUAAUGAGAAAUUAUUCAAAUGAUCUAUUACAUAAGAGGAAAUGAAUUUCAUAAAAAAAUUGCAAUAAUUUCAUAUUCUAAUAAUAACAAUAUUAUAGUAUUAUUACCUUUUAGCUGCUCCACGGUAUUAUCUAAAGUGUUAAAAUUAUGUCUGUUGUUUUCUAUAAAAAUAGUGCCCUUUUUAAACACUUCGUAAAAUAAUUUAAAAAAUAUACAAAAUAUGAUACUAAUUAGCACAUGGUACCAGUAUUUCGUCCAAAAUGGUAAAAGUUCAGUGAACAUUUUUUGAACAAAAAUUUAAUAUUUAUUUCAAGAACAAAGAAAUCGAGUAUACUGCUCAACUGUUUCAAUUACAGUUUGCUGAAGGCUAACAAUGUGUAAUGAUAUUGCGUUUAAGCGGGUGGUGGGAUACGUUUGACCUACAAUAACUAAGUUAUCGCUUUUAAACCAACUAUGUAUCCCAUGACUCAUGAUGAAAAAAUAAAUUUAGUUGUCAGUUUAAUUUCUUGUCGAUCAUUUAUAAUACAACGAAGUAUUUAAGUACUUGUACUUUAAGCCGUACAUAUACAUAUAUUGUAUUUAGUAAGUUUUCAAUUUUUUCAAGUGACGAAGAAUAAUUAUAAUUUGUAUAAUUCUAACGACUAGUGAUUAUUUAAAAGAAUCGUAAAAAUUGUCUUUUGCACCCUUGUCGUUUAGAGAGAAAACAUAGUAUUAUCUACUGAAGCAUCUAAACAAUAAGUACAUCUUUAAGCAAUACACAGAAACGAUUUAAUUAUAUAGCGUGAAAGAAACUCAGGCUACUUAAAAGAUAAAUCCAUUGAGAUGCUGGCUUAGACAAUGACUUUUAUUAACAUCUUAUUAUUGUUAAAGACUUGUUAUUACGAAUAAAGUCACUGUUUACUUUUAA